UCCUAAGGAAGCUGAUGUGUUAUUCCUUCUCUGCAUCGAAGGAUCAGGAAGUUUGUGCUCUCUGCGUGGCUGAGAAGUUUUUUUCAUCUACUAGGACGAGGCGGGAGGGACGUGGGGGAACAGGUGUCCCCCUAAAAUAGAGCACAAGCUGCUGCCUGCGUCCGGCCGCAACCCAGGAGUAACGACAGUUACAACGUUAAAGACAUUGUGCUAGUUGCUAUGGAGACUAUAAAAACCCGAGAAGACAAUGUCCCUGCCCUCAAGAAGUUUACAGUUGAGAGACAGCCAUACCAAAAGAAAGACUAUAAUAAAUACUUUAAAGGAUAAACAGGUGAGAAUGACCACUUUAACUCACCGAGCCCGUCGCACUGAAGUAGGCAAGAACUCUGAAAAGAAGGUAGAAAGUGAGGAAGACACUAAUCAAGACAGGAGUCCAGACAACGAAGACUCUGGUGACUCUAAGGAUAUUCGCCUUACCCUUAUGGAAGAAGUAUUGCUCCUGGGACUAAAAGAUAAAGAGGGUUACACAUCUUUCUGGAAUGACUGCAUAUCAUCUGGCCUGCGAGGGGGUAUCCUGAUAGAGCUGGCCAUGCGGGGUCGAAUCUAUCUGGAACCCCCCACAAUGCGUAAGAAGCGACUUCUGGACAGAAAGGUACUGCUAAAGUCAGAUAGCCCAACAGGGGAUGUUUUACUGGAUGAAACUCUCAAACACAUCAAAGCAACUGAACCCACAGAAACCGUCCAGACAUGGAUAGAGCUACUCACAGGUGAGACCUGGAACCCCUUCAAAUUACAGUACCAGCUAAGAAAUGUAAGAGAGCGAAUUGCAAAGAACCUAGUAGAAAAGGGUAUUCUAACCACUGAGAAGCAGAAUUUCCUCCUAUUUGACAUGACUACUCAUCCAGUGACCAAUACAACAGAGAAACAGCGACUAGUGAAAAAACUUCAAGAUAGUGUCCUAGAGCGGUGGGUAAAUGACCCUCAGCGUAUGGACAAGCGAACACUAGCACUCCUGGUGCUAGCCCACUCCUCUGAUGUGCUAGAGAAUGUCUUCUCCUCUCUGACAGAUGACAAGUAUGAUGUGGCUAUGAAUCGAGCCAAGGACCUAGUAGAACUGGACCCUGAAGUGGAGGGGACAAAGCACAGUGCCACAGAGAUGAUCUGGGCUGUGCUGGCAGCCUUCAAUAAAUCCUAAAGCCAGUGGGUGGGUUUCUCCUUUUUCCUCUGCUGGCUGGUGACUGUCAGAGACACCACACUGAGUUUUGUGUGAUGAGAUGUUUUUCAUCGUUUUUUUUUCCUUCCCUUGAAUCAGAUUUGUGAUUUGGGUGAGCAGCUUCAGGGCUUCUCCAUAAACUUUGGCCAUUGUAAACAGA